AUGGUAUCAAGAGCCAAUUCCCUAGCGGACAUUCGAUCUACACCGAUCCAAAAAGACUUUGACCGCGAUUGGAAAAAGAUUGAAGCAUUUGUUGGAUCAAAGACAUGCAUUAUUAUACGUAGUCUGAAGGUUCAGAAGAAUGGGACAAGUGAACAUCUACCUCCGCCUCGGCCAAAGAGGAAAGCUGCUCAUCCAUAUCCUCAGAAAGCUUGUAAAAAUAGUCAGGGUAUAUCUCCAGCAUGCCAAAUUUACCACCACCCAUACAAGUUUCAGGUUAUAUCCAAAUGCCAGAUUCAUCACUUAGGAGCCCCCUCGCUGGUGCUGCUAUGCUAUGCUAUCUCGUCAUGGAAUAAUAAUUCUGCACAGACAGUUAACUUGUCAAAUGAAACAAAAGUUCUUCCCGACUUUUCCCAAGUCUAUAGCUUCAUUGGCAGUGUCUUUGACCCAAAUACUACAGGUCAUGUGCAAAAACUAAAAAACAUGGACCAGAUCGAUGUUGAGACGGUAUGUUUUCUUCAAAUGAAAUGUUGUAAGGUUGCUUAG